AUGAGCUGGGUAGGAGCAAGGGAAAGGUCUGGUCUGAUUUCAGCCACACACACUAAGGACUUUGGCUUGGGUGAGACGAAAAUCUGAUCUCAGCUCAACACUUUUUCCAUUGGCUUUACUCACGCCGUGGGCUUGUGGAGACACACAAUCAAAACAAGUUAGACAGCUUUUCUUUAACUGACCCCACCUGAAGGAGGAAAAGCGAUUGUUUAACCUAAAGAAUGCAAAGUCUGCCUAGAGAGGAGAAGCAUUCCAUUUAAAGACAACACCAUCUGAAGUAAUGCAUCGUGGGGAGUCUCUGGCGUGGCCGGGAGAGGCCCAGCGUCGCGAGGAGAGAAGAGCAGAAGCCCGUCUGGCCAAAGGCAUUCAGAGACUGGACGAGGCAAAGCUCUACCACAUCAACACACUCACCAGAGAACAACGGAGACUGCACAGAGACCUGCUCAAUAUGAGAGCAGGUAACGUUUGGAGAAAGGGAUUCACUGGCCUGGGGUCGCAACCUUUUAACCAUGACCCGGCUCAUCCUAUAUGCAACAACAGGACUCAGCUCCCCACAAUUCCACUGUCUGGCAAAGAUACAAAGAGACACAGGCCAUUGAAGCCCCAGUCUGGUUAUUCUCUGCAGGCACGAGUUCAAGAGUUCAUCACCAAUGGAGACAGCAGAGUAGACAGCUCUGCAGCGCCGCUCUGUCUGCCAGACCUAAAAUUGCAGUCUGGAGCAGCAAUCACCAGCAAUUCCACCACACAGGGCGAAGACAGAGAUGAGGGCAAAACAGAGAAGGAAAAAGGAAAGGAUGGACAGAGGGAGAGAGAGAGACAUAGAGAAACAAAGAAAGAGAAAGAGAGAGAGAAAGACAAAGAGGUAGAGAUGGAGAAAGAGGUAGACGCACAAACGUUACCCCCUGCUGAUACCCCUCUGGUUCCCUUUGAGCUUCUGGCCCCGGAUGGACGUCUGAGGACGGUUCACACGCUGCCCAACUUCGCCCAGGCGCUGGCCGAGGCCCGUAAGGCUCGGUAUAUCCGUCACCGGGGCAAGCCACCAAGCGAGAGAGAGCUGACCGUCAGAGAAAUCUUCUCCAGGAGUCCCAAACCAUCACACCCUCUCUUCUGAUCAGAAAGAGACAGCUCUGUAAAUUGUAUCUAAUACAGCUUUGCAGACUCAGUGCCCCCC